CUUCAAUGUCUACGAAUGGCAUUACAGCCGCGAAAGGGGAGAGGGGGGGCCUUGUCGCUCACUCCGGAUCUCUUGAUCCAAACCCUCUCUCUCUCUCUCACUCUCUCUCUCUCUCUCUCUCUCACACACACCCCUCGCCGAGGAACCCACGACGAAAUGCCGCAAGUUGAAUGAAUGGCAAUGAGAGAGAGGCUCAUUUUGCGUGGUGGGCGGCCUGGCGGGGAGGGCUGACAUGCGGAAAUACCGCGCGUCGGAGAUGCUUCCCAGUCUUCUUACAUGUCACAACGGCCUGUCUUCUGGGAGGGACAACGGCACUGCUCGCUUGAGCCUCCUCUCGCAUGUGCCCGUGGCAGCCGUCGUCCGAUGCGCCAGUUCGCGCCAGCACGACCUUUCGAAGGCUCAUCCUCGCCUCCAAUGUCGUGGCGGCGGCGGCGGCGGCGGCGGCGGCACGGCUGGACGAGUUGAGAUCGCGCCGGGCCAUGCUCGUUGUCGCUGCUCGCUUCCGCUGCUGUGCAUAUUGCGACGGGCUGAGUGUCUUGGCCUCCGGAGUCCGGCCAGCGCUCCUCCUCCGACGGUGUUUUGUGAUGUCAUGCCCGGAGUGGCCGCAGCAUUCAUUCUUUUAGAUAUUCCAACCGGCGCGAUGCCUGGUCGCCAAGCAUCGAGGCCUUUUUUUUUUUUUUUUUCCAAAGUCAGGUCCUCCCCAUCUCGCUCAAUGCCCCGAAGGCUCUCACGUACAGAUGAACACUGGGUCUGCAUGCUGUAUGCUGACAGCCGCGGAUGACUGGGCGUACUGCUAGAAGAGAGUUCGGGUUUGCAGCCGCCCCCUCCGUUCGGAAUAACAACACCAGUGUCAGCCACCAACCUUGUCCGACGUCGAAGGCAGGGUCGUCAACACACCAUGUCGUGUCGCUGCUGCGGCCGGCACCCUCGACUGCUGCAGGGAGAUCAGAAUCCUGCGCGUCGAUUUGCGAAGGGGAGA